UAAGAACUACAAGGACCGGAGAUGGACGGAGUGCCUACAUAGAUUAGUGAAGUAGUGGGCAUCGACAAACAAACAUUGGUAAGUGUGCAGGUCAGCCUCGUUGCCAUUAGCAUCAUGUGUAUUUGAAUGCACGGAUCUUCACUGUCACUGGACUGCACUGUCUCUCGACUAGGAGGCGCGCUAAACACUUCUCGUGGCGUGAAUUAGAGGCGCCCCACGUGUGGUGUAUAGUGCCUACCUUCACGCCAUACACACGUAGUAUCUUACCACUCAUGGUUAUUCUUACCACCAUUUCUCCCCAUAUAUGAAGAUUUGCCUGAAUUUUUACACCAUGCCAACUUCAGUGUACCCGCAGGAACCAGUCAGUUAACCAACCAGUCAGUCAGUCAGUCAUUCUGGCAGCCAAUCAGCUGGUCAGCUAUAGACAGCGACCACCAUGGCCGGGGCUACCAAGCGGACAAGGGGGAUCCUGACGGUGUUGGGUUUGCUCUUCAUCGCCACCAUCAUCAUCCUCUGCCUGAUGUAUGACAGUGUCCAGCCACAGCAAAAUGCCAAAAACAAGGCCUUGCCAUGGGAUGUAUUGACCAACACUGCUCCACCAACCACCACCACCACAACAACAAGCACAACCACCACGACCACUACCAAAGCUGCUCCACCAGCUACCACCACCACUACUAAGGCUGCUCCACCAACCACCACCACUACCAAAGCUGCUCCACCAACCACCACCACCACUACUGAAGCUGCUCCACCAACCACCACCACCACUAUUGAAGCUGCUCCACCAACCACCACCACCACUACUGAAGCAGCUCCAUCAACCACCACCACCACUACUGAAGCUGCUCCACCAACUACCACCACCACUAUUGAAGCAGCUCCACCUACCAUCACCACCACUACUGAAGCUGCUCCACCAACCACCACCACCACUACUGAAGCUGCUCCACCAACCACCACCACCACUAUUGAAGCUGCUCCACUAACCACCACUACCACUACUGAAGCUGCUCCACUAACCACCACCACCACUACUGAAGUUGUUCCACCAUCCACCAUCGUCACCAGGGAGCCAUCUUCAUCCCCACCUCCAUCCCCACCAACAACAAGUGCCAUUACUAUCACUCCUGACUCACCACCAUCACUAACAAGCACAUCCACAACUCAGUCACCACAAACACAGCCUGGUGAGUCAAGAACAACCACAAAACUACCUAUAAUUACUCCACCAACACCCCCUCCAACUACUACGACAGCUGAGUCGACCACAGUCACAGAGAUACCACCCUUGUCCACCCAAGAGUCCACCAUCACCUACUCUGAGGCCACAGCUCCCACCAUGGAGCUUGAUAAGGAAACAUCAGCCAUCCCUGCCAGCACUUCCAGGUCCACCACAGGUUCGCCCACGUCCACGUCAUCAGUGCCACUCCCUUGUCCUCAGCCUACUGCUUCGGAAUCUGAAAAUGUGUGCAUGACCCCUGCAUGCAAGACCCUGGCAGCACGCAUGCUGGAUUUGAUGGACCACUCUGUGACGAGGCCUUGUGAGGACUUCUACCAGUACGCAUGUGGUGGCGUAAUAGAUGACCUUUUCCUUGACCCUGCGGAUCCUGAGAAAGAGACUCGCCGCUUCAUCCUGGAACAUCUCAAAUCCCUGUCCCCAAAGGACCCAGAACUAGGCCCACUGAAGGUUUUCUAUGACAGUUGCACUGCUGCUGAAGUGGAGAGUCGCAACAGAACUUUCUGGGUGUCAAAUGUCAAGAUGGCCCUCGACACAGUUGACAGUAUCCUUGGCCCUUGGUUAGCAGAAGAGCCGGAUUCUGCAGAUUAUUCUCAGAUCAGUAUCACUCAAAUCUUGGUGGGGAUGAUGAAAAUAGGCUUUACACCUUUCUUUGACUUACUAUUGGAUGAGUCUGAGGAUGGUACUGACAGGUUUGUGUUGAAGUUGACACCACAAAUGCUGCUGUCCCCAUUCGGUAAGGACAUGGGAUGGGCUGUGUGUUACAGUAAACACCUGAACCGCACAGCGAAUGCUCUGGGCUCACCAUCAUCCUCCUAUAAUCUUAAUGAGGACUAUGAGAAGUACCUUGAGUGCAUUCAAAAGGGCAAGGGCCUGCACGCACGUAUGGUGCAGAUGGAUCUUGCUGUGAAGGAACUUGGCCUCAUACAUCACUUUAACUAUACCACUCACAAGCAUGGUGCUGAUGCCCUGCUGGUGGAUGACCUAAUUGAUACUGAAUUUCUUCUUGCAGAUUUGUUUAGGGAAUUACCAAGCAAAUCUGAACUGCGGGAAGCACAUCUCAAGAAGGAAUUCAAAAAUGUCACCUUGUCAUAUUUGAAGGACAAGUUUGAUUUUCCCACUUUCAAUGUGGAGUGGGUGGCACUUGUGGAAGGCUUGUUUGGAUAUGCUGUGGAACCAGACAAUGUUAUCAUCCAUGUCUAUUUUGAGGACAAACUUCAUGCAGCUCUUGAUGUAAUUGACUUUCUUGGAGAUGUGAUUAAGGUGCGAAGAAUUAUGUUGAUACUGUUGGUGGAAAGGUUAUACACAGAUCUGGUGGAGCCUGUCCAACAUGCCCUAGGAAAGUCAGAGUAUUGCCUGAGGGUCACCACUGAGUUGCUGGGAGACUUUGUCUCUGCACUCUACCUGAAAAAUCUUCCUCAUCUCCAGGAACGUCAGCAGAAGAUGAAGGAGGUGAUCAAGACCAACAAGGGAGCAGCUGAGGAGGAAUUGCGGCAUCAGCCAGAAUUGAACCCAGAAGAAAUGGAGAUGUGGGUAAGCAAACUGAGAAGCAUGAGCGGGGAGUUGGCAAACCCAGACCCUUCCCAGUACCUACUGCAUGACAUAAAUGAGACUACCCUGAGUGACAAUUUUAUAGAGAACUCCCUCAUCCUCCUGACUCGCCAUCGCUCGCUCAUGUACCAGCUUUACCAGUCAUCCACAUCAUCCCCUGCAGUGUUGUGGAAUCACUUCCUGAGGCCUUUCAGUCGAUCUGGUUUGUCAUUAUAUGCUCCCAAUAAGUUUUUGAUUCCAUAUGGUGCUAUGGAGGCACCAUUCUUCUUCUGGGAUGUGCCAGACUACAUUAAUUAUGCAGGCAUUGGCCUUAUGAUUGCCCAUGAACUGAUUCAUGGCUUUGAUGAGACAGGCAUUCAGUAUAAUGGCACACAACGGAAGAUCCUGGAGGGGUAUGAGCACCUUGUACAAGUGUCAGAAUGCUUGGCAGAGCAGUAUCGUGCUCCUCAGAGUCUGCAAGCUGUCUCUGGUCUCUUAACAAACUUCAGUCUGGGACGACUGCCUCUCAAUGAGGUACUGGUUGGCUCAGGGGCAGUGCGGCUAGCAUGGGAGGCUUAUGAACUCUCUAGGAGGCAAGAGGACAAGGGAAAAAGAACACCUGCAGCUUACACUGUACCUGAUCCACCACAGCUGCCUUGGUUGGACCUCAAUCCCCUACAGCUGUACUUUCUUCGGAUUGCUCAGGUCCACUGCACUGCCACCAGUGACAUCCACAUGUUGCCCAUUAUGGAAAAAGAACACUUGCCCUCCAGUUUGUGGGUGAAGGUGGUACUUCAGAAUGAACCACGUUUUACUGAGGCCUUCAACUGCUCACCACCACCACACCACCAGUGUCCCUACAUCUUAGGUUCAGUCCCAACCCCUUCCACACCAUGACAAAUGACACACUGGUAACUCUUUUCAAGUGAAAAGUAGAAAAACUUUUGUCCACAUUCUGUGCUAGGGUCUGACACUGUCAGUAGUAGAUACUUUAACAUUUCUAGGUAUUCCCACUUUUCCUGUGAGUAAGGAACAGUCAGAAAAUUUUAAAUGCCUACCUUAAAGAUUAUAUUUAGCAUUAAGGAAAUAUAUAGAUUAAUCCAGCUUGAGAAAAAAUUAAUGCAGCAGUUUCUCUGAAUCAUAUGAAAACAUUUCAUCAGUGAUAACCUCCAAGGAGGUUGGAUAGGUGGAGGCGUCAUGACGUCACAAAAGUGAAGCCAGAGCACUAUUAGUCUGCUGCUGCCCCUACCCCCCCUUACACCCAAACCAUUACGUACUAGCCACCCAUUGAAAAUACAUGCUCAUUAUUUUCUGUUUUACAUCCAUGUUUCAAAGCUGUCUACCAUAUAUGUGACCUUGAUAGACUUGAUAGUCAUGGUAUAUUGUGCCAUGAAGAUUUAAAUGGUAAAUCAUACUUACAAAUAAGAUAAUGUAGUGUUUUCAGCUUUAGUGGAUUUGGGUGGGACAUGGGAAGCUGUCUUUGGGGCAAAAGUAUGGCUGGACCAGGUCAUGUACACAUGUAAAUAUACAUGUGCAUGUAUGUAGAUGUAGACAUUUGAGUAUACAUGUGCAUAUAGAUAAAGGAUAAAUAAACUGUGUAUCAAAUGAAAGUUUGCCUGAAGGUUGAUUUUUCUUGGUAUAGCAAUUACUUAACACAAAUUAUCUCAAAUAUUGUAGGUCUCUCUCUCUCUCUCUCUCUCUCUCUCUCUCUCUCUCUCUCUCUCUCUCUCUCUCUCUCUCUCUCUCUCUCUCUCUCUCUCUCUCUCUCUCUCUCUCUCUCUCUCUCUUUUUAAUUCUUUUUUUGGGUAUGGCUACAUACAACAAAUUUUGUAAUGAGUUUGGUAGUUCAUUGGGGAAGGACAGUGUCAGUCAUGUGUCAAGUUUCAACAACUGUCAGUCACAACACAGGUGUAAACCUGAUGCCAUGCUAACUCCUUCCUCAAAUUGCUUCUAAUGUAGCCACUCAGAUUUAUCUGACCUCACUCAUUUUCAUUCCCACUCAUUUUCUUGAUAACCAAUGCAGACACAGCCUAAGAUUUAAUGAAACAUGACAUACUGCAUAGUUUUAAGUUGCCUUACACACGUAAUCUCUAAUUCUAAGCAAAUGCUCUGCUUUGUCCUUAUUCACAUUUUCACCUUUCUUGGAUUUUUCCCCUGUGGCACUAAAGUAGCUGCUAAGGAAUUUUCUUAGCAUUACUGUAAUCUAAACAUUCGUGGCUGUUUCCAGGGACACACACUUUACAUUCAAGAAUUACUUUAUUCAACUAGGUAUCAUCUGUGGCUAAGCCAGUUAACUUAGCCACAGACUGAGCUUCACUUAAGUGUGGAUAUUGAUGCCCAAUGGUUACUGGAAUGUAAUGUCGGUUGCACCACAAAUUUGUGUUUGCACUGUUUAAGUGGUGUUUGAAUUGGGUUUUGUGUGUUUUAAAUAGAUGCAUUAUGUGGUUAACAA